AACUGUUACUCACCUCUUCGUGGGCCAGCUGCCGCUCUUUUAGCAACCCGUCGCCCUCACCAACGACUUCCGUCCCUCGCUGCUAUCUUACCCCAGUCAUUCUUUUUGGGUCGGAUAUCGUUUGUUUUGUGUUGCUUAAAAUAACCCACACUCCUUUCCCGCACCAUUCCGACUGUUGCAUGUAUCGCUCGUCAAUUCGCAGACACGCCUGAAUUACGACCUUACGCUGUUAAUAUCUGCCUGGAGCCUCCCCCGCAGCUGUGCUCGCACGCUGUCACGUCUACUCUAUCUGGGACAAGCUUCCGUUUGGAAACAUAAUUAUCUAUCCGAGACAUCGGUUUUGGAGCCAUGCCGCACUCGCAUCACCUUCACCACAUGCGCCACCAGCUGCGACACGACAACCAACUUGGCUCUCCCAUCACCGGAAGCAAGACAAUGCACGUUUUUGAGAGGGCCACGCGCGUCCUCGUAGCUCGCGCCGAAUCAUCAUGCACAAACGACAGCGACCCUGGCUGCACAAAGCCUACCCAGGUGCCCACAAUGGCAAUUGCUCUGGCCGUCAUCGUACCUAUCGUCGGUGUAUCUAUCGUCCUGUGCUUCCUCCACCGCCGUAACAAGAGAAAGCUGGCUGAGGAAGACUCAAAAGAUCAGUACAAGUCCAACGAUUGGGGUAUGGAGGGUGUCGCCAAGACGAACAAGAAGAAACGCCCGGAAAUGAGCCUGUCCGAAAAAGACGCCGGUGGAGGUCACGAUCGGGGACUGUCCAUUGAGGCUGGAAGCCCCUACAUUCUCCCCGUCGGUCUGCAUGGAUCUCGUGAAUCUUUCCACUCGCUAUCGCGCUCGCAACAUGACCCCCACGACCCCUAUGGUCCCGUCGCUUUCUUGAAGGAUGACCAGAGCACUCGCGGCUCAAGCGUCCGUGGCGGCCCGUACCGCAAUGAAACUGGUUCCGUGUACACAACUUCGAGCAGUGGAACAAGGAAGGAGGGUCUGCAAGCUGGUCUGCUUCAGAACGCGCAGAGAAUGUCAACGUCCAACCCCGUCCGUGGCGAUUCGCUAUCCCCCGUCAGCACCUCUUCUCCCGACACCAAGUUCCCUGACCCAGGCAUUCCUCUGAGCCCCCUCAACCCCCGCUUUGAGAACCAGUCUCCUAUCUCGCCGCCCGCCGCAUCGCCUUCCCCGUCCAUCAAACCCAACUCUGUUCCUACCAUCUCGAUUCCUGAGCCUGGUGUCACGGAGAAGCAAGUCAGCAAGUCGCCUGUACAGACCUCGAACGAAAUCCCCUCAUUGCCCCGAAUCAAGUCUCAGGCCGUCGUUCUCGAAAACACAAACACGCACAGUAUCAUCAGCACGUCUAGCUACGGUGAGGGCUUCCAGAUCACACCGCCUUCCCCUACUCGUGACCAGCCCAAGAUCGUUGCCCCCAAGCCCCGCUACUCUACUGGUCCUCAGAAUGUCGGUCUUGGAGUGGAUGACUUCGGCCACAACACCAACCGUCUAUCAAUGAGCUUACGCCCCAUGCCUCCGUCUGAUGACCCUCAGGAGAACCCAGAAGAGCGCGCUAACCGUAUUCGAUCUUUCUACAAGGAGUACUUUGAUGAUUCCAAGCCCGAGCCUGCCGGUGGUCACAUCUACAACGACUACGUUGAGGACUAUGGCUCAGAGUACCAGGACGGCACCGUCUUCGACCCUCGCACUGGUAACUUCGUUGUCGCUCAGCCCAAUGCUCCCUUUGCCGAACCCAUUACUCGUCGUGCUAUGACACCCCCGCCGCGAGCUCCUCCCCGGUUCCGAAGCAACACUGCCACUGGUCGUGGCGCUCACAUGUCCAACAGCUCCGUGGCUUCAUCACAAUACCCACCUCCUCGCGGCAUGUCCUCGAUGAGCGGACGCUUGCCUCCCCCCAUGAAGAAGCCUCUGCCCCCGCCUUCCGCUCUGUCAUCGCUACCAACACCAGCCAAGCUCAAUGAGCAGUCCAUGAUCUUCGACGCCGCCGACUUUGCCCCACCUGUUUCCUACCGCGAGAGGCAAAAUGGCGCACGCCCAGACAGCCCAUUGGGCAACCCCAGGCCCUACAGCCCAGCUGUGCGCCCCCAUACUCCUCUAGUCGGCUCAUACGACGAACUACCAGCGCUCCCGAGCCCUUACCUCAUGCGUAAAUCUGGUACAUUCACCGCACUGGACUUUGCGCCACCUGGUCGUAUCCGGGAUCCGGCUGGGUCGGGUGCUUCCGAUGCUGGAUCUAUCCGCUCUAAUCACUCUGGCAUCUCGGCCGCUGGUCGAUUUGCUGUCCGUAGUGGAGCCAACCGCGUCAGCCGGAUACCGCGGGACGUUCUUGGUACAAAGGAUGACUUUGCUCUCCAAUUAAAACCUAGGAUGAACUUGGUAAUGAACGCCUAA